CUGGGUGAUUUCCUCCCCCCUCACUCUCAUCCCAGACGGUAGAGAUGCUGCUGCCGCUGCUGUGAGGGAGAGAGGUGAGCGCAUUUGAAAGAGCGGUUUCUCCCCCACACCGCCCCUCCACCCCUCAAUCUAAAGCUCCUCCUCUGUCGUCGGAGAGCUGGGACCGGUCACACUUUGCUCAAUGAGAGCAAGAGGGCACCGGAGACGAUUUCCUAAAUUCAACCUACUGCUGUGCCGUGCGGCUGUUUUCACGCCUCUGUCAAAGCAGAGGCUAAUAUGAAGACAUCAUUUGGCAAACCAGACCCUGGAAAGCACCUACUGUCCUUUCAGCUCAUUUGAAACCAAACUGGACAUUAUGCAUUGUAUCCGGUAAAACUUGCUCCACCGCUCUCCCCUCUUCCCGCGCACCUAUUGAAAGAGAGGACACCAAAAGCUGCACAGAUAUGGGUUCAGAUCAACCCUGUAUGGAUUCUCCAGAGCCAAGACCCAUAUUGGGUCCUGCCUGUAAACAGCUUGGCCGUCGGUGUCUGAGAAAAAAGCUGAGGCCCGUGCGAAUCUUGGGGUUGGUCUUCAGCCUGGUGGCCUUAAGUGUUGUCUCCUUCAGUGCCUUGACCUGGAACUCGGGAGGUCUCGGUGAGCCAGUGCUCCCCCAGGAGAGUCUCCAUCAGUCGGCCCCACACAGGACCCUACUUUUUACCCAACACCAGAGAGACCCCAAUGUGUCAGCUGACAUGCCAAUAGCCAUGAAAUCUACAGCAGAUAGCAACGACAGCCAGGGGGAGUACCCACCAGACAUUUUUACCCUUGCUCAGAGGCGCCAAGGAGCAGUGGCCCUCCACAUGUUUGGCAUGAUCUACAUGUUCAUCGCUUUAGCCAUCGUAUGCGACGAGUUCUUUGUCCCGGCGCUGACAGUCAUCACAGAGAAGCUCACGAUUUCAGAUGAUGUAGCAGGCGCCACUUUCAUGGCAGCAGGAGGAUCGGCUCCAGAGCUCUUCACGUCCAUCAUUGGCGUUUUCAUCUCGCACAGCAAUGUGGGCAUCGGGACCAUUGUGGGCUCGGCCGUCUUCAACAUCCUCUUUGUCAUUGGGAUGUGUGCCAUCUUCUCCAAGGAGAUCCUCAACUUAACAUGGUGGCCACUCUUCCGCGACGUAUCCUUCUAUAUCCUGGAUCUCAUCAUGCUCAUCAUCUUCUUCCUGGAUAACUUUAUCUCCAUGUGGGAAAGUAUCACGCUGCUCUCAGGCUACGCCGCCUACGUGAUCUUCAUGAAGUUCAACAGCACAGUCGAGGGCUUGGUCAAAGAUUGCAUGAACAAGAACCAAGUGGUAGAAGUAGAGGUACAACCCAAGGAUGAGAAGGCAAGUCCUGGGACACCAGAGGAUGACGGCAAGUUGUCGGCCCGGCCUCGCCUUCAAAGGGGAGGUAGUUCUGCCUCACUGCACAACAGCUUGAUGAGGAACAGCAUUUUCCAGCUGAUGAUUCACACGUUGGACCCUUUAAGUGAAGAAUUUGCUGACUCUGAGCUUGGGACUUAUGGGAAACUAAAAUAUUAUCACUCAAUGACUGAGGAAGGUAAAUUUCGAGAGAAGGCAUCCAUCCUUCACAAGAUUGCUAAAAAGAAAUGCCAAGUGGAGGACAGUGAAAAGGCCAAUGGAGUAGCAAGCCGCUCAGAUAAGAACCUUCCGAACAGCUCCAGUGUGGAAGUGGAGGUGACCCCGCCUAUGAAUGGAACGGCAGGGCAAGAGGGCGAAACGGCUGAGGAAGAAGAGGAAGAGGACCAGCCUCUGAGCCUGUCCUGGCCUGAAUCUACCCGCAAGCGCUUCACCUACCUCUUAAUCAUGCCUAUUGUCCUUCCCCUGUGGCUAACGCUGCCUGAUGUCAGGAAAACGUCAUCAAAGAAGUUCUUCCCCAUUACAUUCCUGGGUGCCAUCUGCUGGAUUGCAGGAUUCUCCUACCUAAUGGUGUGGUGGGCCCAUCAGGUUGGAGAGACCAUUGGGAUUACAGAGGAGAUUAUGGGACUGACUAUAUUAGCAGCUGGAACCUCUAUCCCUGACCUCAUCACCAGUGUUAUUGUGGCACGCAAGGGGCUGGGCGAUAUGGCUGUAUCCAGCUCUGUAGGCUCCAACAUCUUUGACAUUACUGUUGGACUGCCGUUCCCCUGGCUCCUGUGGUCCUUAUUCAGCGGCUUGAGACCUGUGCAAGUUAGCUCCAAUGGCCUCUUCUGUGCAAUUGUGCUCCUCUUCCUCAUGCUCCUCUUCGUCAUCAUCUCCAUCGCCGCCUGCAAGUGGCGCAUGAGCAAGCUGCUCGGCUUCAUCAUGUUCAUGCUGUACUUCGUCUUCCUGGUGGUCAGUGUCAUGCUAGAGGACAAGGUCAUUAGCUGUCCGGUGUCUGUUUAAGGACCUUUCAGGGACCUACAUCCUCUCCGUCACUCUCACCACCACAACCAUCCUACUUGUCUGCUGUCUCCCUCACCUGACCCUUGUGAUCCUUUGCACCAGGAACAAAAGAAAAAAGAAGAAUUGUACAAGAGGUUAAUAAAAACUAUGGGAUCUACCUUUAUUUUCAGUAAGCAGGUGGUGGUGGGGAGUGCUUAAACCAACAAGGGCACAAGACAAGACUGUGGCUUGGCUAUUUUAACAUAAGCCUAACCAGAGUGGAUUUCAAUAUAUUAUUAUUUUCACUGGCUGCCGAGAAGG